AUGGCAGCCGUGCCCCGGAAGUGGAUUGUCGCCCCCUGUGUUGCGUUCCUGCUGUCAUUGUUUGUUGGCAACGGCCAAGGUAUUGUUCAUGAACUCAACAAGGACAACUUUGCCAAGUUUAUACAAGGGAAGUUUUUUACUUUGACAUUCGUGGGCUCAACAUCCUGCGAGAAAUGUGCCAUUGCAUUCCCGUUCUUCGUUGCCACGUCUAGAGCCUUCCCGCACGACCCAGAAAUAUUUUUCACCAGGACCAACGACCAAGCGCUGGUUAAGGAAUGGGGAAUUACCGACCUUCCAGCGCUCAUAUACCACAGGGCAGGAAAGAAAAACUACGAGUUAUUCCCAGUGGAUAUCAAGGUGGAUGACAUCAUUGGUGAGAUUAGCCAUAUAACGCGCGGUAACUUUGAUGGGCUGACCCGCAUCUACACCGUGGAGGUCAACGACAACAACUACGACGAGCUGGUCGUGACCCCCAGACAGUCGGUGAUGAUGCUGGUUCAUGACAAAGGUAACGCACGUGAACGACAGAUGAUAGAGAAAGCCGCAUAUACCUUUCGUAGGGAUGACGCAGUAAUUUUCGCAACAUUGGAUGUUGUCAAGCACAAGAAACUCCGAGACAACAUAAUGAAGACCAGAGAUGUACCCGCGGUCAUGUGGUUUCCUCCCGAUGAGAAGACAUCACCCAAGAGGUUUGGCGGCAUGCUGACAUAUCAUCUGAUGAUUGAUUUUGUCAAUGACAGAACAGAGCUUAACAGGGAUGACGACAGCAACCUAAAACCGGAG